AUGGCGGAAGCUCAAGCUGAAAUGGAAGAGGAAGAUUUUGAUUUAAUUCUUAGUUUAGACGACACCGAUGCCGAAAAGGAUGAUAAAACAUCCCCUGUUAUUCGACAGUCGACUGAUGCUUUCACUAUCAAUGAAGUGAUCGCAGUUCUCGAGAGGAUUUCUUCUAGCACGAUAAAAUCCGAAGCUGAAAUAGCCACAACAAAUAUAUUGCGAAACACGCGCGGGAAAAAAGAUUUUGCCACCUUGGAUUGCUUUGUGUCUGUAUUUGUCGAGGCUUUUAAUCAGUGCAAUGGUUAG